AAUUAUAUUACUCCUGUAUGUGAUUGUUCAUGAGAAAAGCUAUUUAUGUCAUUUUUCAAGAAUUAGAACAAAUUAGAUGAUCGAAUUUUUCAAUCGUCGAUACAAAUUAAUAGAGGGGGAUAUAGGGAUUGCGAUUGAAGCUUAAUACAAUAAAAAAAAGAUGCUAUUGUGAGACGCACUCUCAUAUACUUAUUCAACCCAUCCUAAUAUUAAUUGUUAAUAUUAUAUAUGUUUUUUAUACCAAUAAUUAUCAAAAUGAAGUGAACUGACAAUUCCAAGAACAUUUACACAUGGAUGCAGUAGUUAUUUCUUUUGAUAAUAUAGAAUGUACUACAUCUAUGAUUGAGUAAUAUUGUAAUCGCUACUAUUUUGUAUAAUUUGGCAAUACUAUGGUGAUGGCAGGAAAUGAAGGUACGCCAGGAUCUUUGGCAGAAGAUACAUUAUCUGCAAGAUUACAAUGGCUUCGUCAAAGACGUGAAGCAUUACAAGAGAAACUUGCUCUGAAAAAUACAGAAUUAAAAAAUCUUUGCAUAGAGGAGGCAGAAUUAACAGGAGUAUUACCACCAGAAAUACCAUUAGAGCCUGGGGAAAGUCCACCCACUUUCCGUAAAAAAGUGGGCACAGCAUUUACAUAUCCUCAAAAUCUAAUCAACAAAUUAAAAUCAAAUGAGAUUCAGGAAGAAUCAGCUCUAGAAUUAGAGCGGCAGGUUCAAAUUGGUAUAGUGGAAGCUGCUCUAGGAAUCGUUAAUGAUCCUGCAGAGAGUAAAGCUGUACGUCGAAAACAUAGAUUGGUUUAUCAACAAGGUCAAAGAAAACUUCAAGAAUUGGAAGCACGCUUAAAUUCUAUACGUCAGUCUCGUAAUAAAACACACCGUGCAGGACAAUAUCAGCAUACGAUGCCAUGUAAUACUCAACCACAUUUACAGAGUAAUGUCAAACAUAGAACAAAGAAACCACGACCACCGCUUGAUAGUACAGGAAAUGAAAGUUGCUUGACUUCUACGAGAGGUAUUGCUCAAGAAGAAAAUAUUAAUUUAAAUUCCAUAGGAACAGAACAAAAAUAUCCUGGAUAUGAGGAACAUCUUCCAUUCACGAAUGCCUAUCAUCAUAGUCAUGAUACUGGUUUUUCUUCUACAAGUCCUGUUGACAUACGACAAAAUAUUAAAGCAUCAGAAAAUGAUUUUAAUGACAACCACAAUAUUUAUAUUCUACCUGAUCAAUAUCGUACUCGUACUUAUUCUCAUGGUAGUGGUGGUACACGCAGUCAGAAUAACUAUCAGGAUAACAACCGAGUUUAUCGUACCGUACCUAACACGUACAGUGAAGAAGAACGUCAAAUGAGAUAUCGUCAAUUUCAACAACAUCAACAACAACAGCAGCAGCAACAACAAAAACAACAUGAAUUACAAGAAGAUUUUUAUAAUCAUCAACAAUAUGCAGAAUAUAAACUAUUUGAUAACGAAGCUCAAAGAAAAUCGAGUCAAAUUUAUUAUGAUAGAGAUUUUCAUUCGCCUCAUCAUAUGCAUGCAGAGUAUCAAUUUCAUUAUAAAAAUCAAUCACAGUCAUGGCAAAGAAAAGAUCGUGACAUGUCUAUAAAUAGAAAUUUAAGAUCUAUAGGACCACCUGUUGAUUCGCAUAUGCCUCCAGGAUGUUGGAUGCGUUGUAACGAAGAAAUCAUUUGGUGUCCUGACGAACAACUUGUGUCUGAUAGAUUUGGUAGUCUUGAUCGUAGAAAACGAAAUGGAGUGCAGCAAGUAGGAAAUAUUCAUACGGAUACGCAAUCCCGAUAUCGGACAGUAACGAUUGGAGGAUCUAAAAAUACUGUACCAGUUGUAUCCUACCCACAACCUACUAUUCAUUUAUUACCUUUAUCAGAACAGUCACAAGUAAAUAAUAAAAUUCUUUUACGAACUCAAUCCUUAGGAAGCGUAGAAACAUGGCACUCCAAUAGAUCUCAGGAAUCACAAGACGAUAAAGACACUACUGAUAGCGUUAGUCGCAAAGGAAAAGAAAAAGAAUGGUAUGAAACGUCUUUAGAUUCAGGUGCAAGUCCUGCAUUUGAGGCAGGCUUAUUAAUUACACAUAAAGCUAUGCACUGCCAAUCAAGCUCACCUGUAUCAUGUGCUAAAGAUAUUGGUGUCAUUAAUGGUAUUAAUGACAAUACUGUAAAGAAUGUCCAUUCAAAUAUACAAGCACGUUCUAAGUUAGAAACAUCUAUUCAAGCACAAACACAUGUACAGCCAACUCUUAUUUGUUAUGAUCAUUGGCGACCUAAAGUACUUGAAAUUCCUGCAGAAUCAAGAAAAAUUCAGGAAAAUAAUGACGAGGGAAUUUUAAUAAGAUCUCCUCGUAAUUGUACAGUAGUGCAGGCAGGAAAAUAUCAGCCUUAUAGAGAAGUUACAAAACCUUUUGAAAUGUCAGACUUUUAUAAAUAUUCGACUAAAUUUCGUAAACGAAAUGAAAUAUCUGGGCAAACUUCAUCAAAUGAAAAUUGUUUAGAUUCCUAUGCUGGAGAUUUAGCUGGUUCUACCGAUUUACAAAAAGAAUCUGAUUCUACUAAUUAUGUACACAAUGGUAAUGUUACUAGUCCAGUACAAAAAAAGAUAUAUCAACCUGUUGAGCGUAUGACAUGUCAGCCCUAUUUAACUACUUUAAGGUAGCUUUAUUAAAAAGUAUUGAAAAAUAUUGAGAGAGAGAGAGAGAGAGAGAGAGAGAGAGAGAAAUAAUGUGAAUUCUUAUUUUCUUAAUCUCUUCAGUACAAGCGUCGACUUUAAUCGGUAGCUACAAUACGAAUAUAUACAUGGCCAAGCGUUAGGAUUCGGCAGUGUGUCGUACCGAAAAAAUUAAAUAUAAUAAUAUGUAUAUAAUAUGGAAAUUUACAAUUCAAUUAAAAAGAUACAGCCAGUUGAACUUGCUUAAAUAGCGUAACAAUUUUAUAAUACGAUUUUUUCACUAUACAAUGAUUCAUUUAAAGAUAUAAUAGUUAUUGCCUUUAAAAUAAGAGA